GUGAAUGGUUCCGCCCAACUGGAACCGACUAUUCGUCGGCGAUGGUUUUAUUUACAAAUCGUGUUUCUGUCGUGUACAAAUCAGAUAAAUUAUCGUGAUUACACACAGAUUUAGCUCGGUUUUAUCGGGCUGGUAUUGCUGUCUUAAUUCGGAGAUAAUAACCAGACUGUGAGUCAGUUUCUAUAUAGGACACCCCUGUCAUUAUUGGGCACUACUCUCCGGGCACUUCCUCGUUCAAAAGUUUUAUUUAGAGGAGGGCUUGAGGAAAAGUUGGACGCCGGUUUGGAUAUUUCGACGUCAAAUAUAAAGGACAUGGGUCAUAUUUAUCGUAUAUUUAGGCAUAAGUAAAGCAUGUAGCUUGUUUUGUUUCUCCUCCCCUCCAUGGCUGUAACUGUUAGAAGCAGGCUGACGUCGCACUGAGCGGCUCCCGUAAAGAGGAAGAUGUCCACGGCUAACGUUAGCGAGAACAUCCGAGGGAAGUUUCCUCUGCACUCCGCGGUGUGGCAGAAUGACUACAGGGGACUGGAAGAGCAAAUAACCUUACCACAGAAUGACAUUGAGGCUGUGGAUCCCCGAGGUCGCACACCUCUGCACCUGGCUGUGUCGCUCGGCCACCUGGAGUCAGUGAGAGUCCUUCUCCGACACGGUGCUGAAGUGACUAAAGAAAAUGCCAAGAAUUGGACGGUGCUGCAGGAGGCAGUCAGCACCGGAGAUCCAGAGAUGGUUCAGUUAGUGCUUCAACGCAGAGACUACCUCAAAGCCUCCACUGCUCUGGGAGGAGUGCCUGAGCUACUGUCAAAGAUCCGAGAGUCUCCAGACUUUUACAUGGAAAUGAAGUGGGAAUUCACAAGUUGGAUCCCUCUUCUGUCCCGGGUUUGUCCAAGUGAUGUUUGUCGCAUUUGGAAAAGUGGCGCCAGCCUGCGAGUGGACGCCACUCUUCUAGGCUUUGAAAACAUGACCUGGAUCAGAGGGCGGAGAAGCUACAUCUUCAGAGGAGAUGACUCGUGUGCAGAAUUGAUGGAGGUGAAUCACGACGAUGAAGUAGUGGACACUGAACGCUUCAACAUAUCCCAAGAAAUAGAGGAUGUCACACUAGAGUCGAUGCAGCCAGCUGAACAGGAAGUUGCCAAACGGUUGACUACACCUAUUGUCAACACCUACUUAGACACCAAGGAUAUUGCUUUUGAGAGGAACAAGUCUGGGAUUUGGGGCUGGAGAAGUGAAAAAACUGAAGUGGUCAAUGGAUUUGAAGCAAAGGUUUUCAGUGUGAACAAUGUAAAUGUGGUGAUCAGGACGAGGACAGAGCAUCUUACAGACGAGGAGAAAGCCAGAAUAAAAAGUGAAAGGAACAUCUUGGAGUCUCUGCUGGGGACUGUGGAGCAGCACAUAAGUGCACAGGGGGACCUGACUCUUGAGUAUGCAACUGCCACCAAUCCUACUGCCAUCACUCCAGAGGAAUAUUUUGAUCCUGACUUUGACCUCGGGGACAGAGACAUCGGCCGACCAAUUGAACUGAGCAUUCGAACACAGAAGUUCAAAGGCACGCUGUGGAUGAGCGAGGAGCAUCCUCUGUCUCUGGUGGAGCAGGUGACCCCAAUUAUUGACCUCAUGGCUCGGACCAGUUCCCAUUUUGCGCGGCUACGAGACUUUGUGACCCUUAAAUUUCCCCCUGGAUUUCCAGUUAAAAUAGAGAUUCCCCUGUUUCAUGUGCUGAAUGCCAGGAUCACAUUUGGCAAUGUCAAUAAAUGCAGUACUGAAGAGGAGGCGGUCACAACGCCAGCAGCUACACCAACAUCCUCAGGAGAAGAUGAAGAAGCUGCAGCACUGCCUCCCUUUCAAGUGUGCCCUGCAGUGUUUGAGGUGCCUGCCAGUUACCACCGGCGAGGAGGCAGCCGACACACACCCGUGUCCAACAACGACGAGGAGCUCCUGCAGUACGCCAUCCAUCAGAGUCUCCUGGAGUCUCGCAGAGUUCCCGGCCAGGAGGGGAUUUGGGAUGACGCUGACGGGGAUUUGACUGAUGUGAUGCACAGUAGCCAGAGUGACAGGAGUAUCCCAGAGGGGGUGCUAGUGGAAUACGGAGACACCACCAGCCCUGCCAGCUCCCCUUCUGGAUCUAGCACCGACACAGACCUCCGCCUGGCCAUGGAGCUCUCAGCACGAGCUCAAGCAGAAGAAGAGAAGAUGAGGAGGCAGGAGGAGGAGGAGCUGGAGAGGAUAUUGCAGCUAUCGCUCACUGAAAAGUAAAAAAAAUAAAACAAAAAAUAAAAAAAAGAGGAAUAAGAGGGAAUAAUAAUAACACGGUUCCAGAUCCAGAAGCAACCACCACACCUCAAUUUCCUUCCUAACCACUGUAGUCAUCUAUGCAACCGCAGAUUUCUUUCUGUAACAGAUCAUUCUUGCACAGGCACAGGCUUGGUAUUUUUGGUAAGAGCAUUCUCCUUUAUAUAUAUUUCUAUCUCAGCUUGGUGUCUCCAUCCUCAAGCUUCAUGUAAUGGACUCCUUUAGAUCAUUUUGGGUCGGUUCUCCUUUUAAUUUAUUGACUUUUUUUUUCUCCAAAUCAGAUUCACAGCAGCAGCUCACGUGUGCUGAUCAUGUUGUUAUCUGGAGUGGGAUCAAGUCAUUGUAAAAAUGUUUGACUACUCAAGGCGACUUCAUACAGCGCUGACACUCAAACCUGGAACUGAAAGGUCCAGAGCACUGUUGUUUGUUUUUUUAUAUCAUCCCGUCAGUCCCUGCUUUUUAGAAAGCUAGAAUGAAAACAACCUAGCACAAUAGAAAGGUACUCGUACUGUGGACCUAAAGGGUCGGAUUUGAGUGUCAGCACUGUGAUGUCUUCCUACAGAGUUGUCGAGGACCGUCUGCUCACCGAAUAACCAAAAUCUCAGGGUUCCACAAUUUCUCUUCGCUUUGAAAUUAGUUUAUUAAUCGUGACCGAUUAAUCGGAAAUUGUAACCUGGUGAAUAUUUCUUUGGUGCAAAUCACUCUAUGCCAUAUUGAUAUUAAUUCAGAAAGUUUGCUUCAUUGAGUCACAAGUUUUCUUUAUUUUGUGGACAUAGACUCUACAGAUGGGAAAACAAAAGCAUGUUGCUGUGAGACAAAGCUAAAAAUGAGCUGCAUGGUAGCAUAAUAUCUUCGCUGCAACAAGGAUAGGGGUUUAACUUUUACUUGCCUAAUUGUUUCGUAACAUUUUCUCUGAUUUCAUGGUGAGAAAAGGUGUCAAAGAUUUUGAUUAACUGUCGCUGAGAAACUUCAGUCAUCACCUCACAUCAUAAAUGCAAUAGUUAGAGACCAGGGUAUCUGUGGAUUUACAGCCGUCAUGCAGUUAAGGAGCAGCCACGCAACCGAUGCUGGCUACCCGUCAGCCUUUUGUAGCCACGAACAACUCUAGACCUCCGAGCAGAAGAAAAGACAGCACAGACUCAAAGAUCGAGCAUGCCCGCCAUACGUAGGAUUAGUUUCUUCAGCAUGUGCCAAGGGAUUGCUUCGUCCGGGCAAUAGGUAGUGACAAAUUCAUGUGGUGCCACUCAGACUAAACUUUUUGAACAGAUUUUGUAAAAAAAAAAAAAAAAAAAGAAUUUUGUAACUUGCAGGUAAAGAAGUUUGAGUUGUAUUAGGGUGAUGCUGAGAUACAUGCAUUAACCACUAUAGUUUAUUCACUGACAACAAACCACUCAUCAAAGGUCGCUGUGCGUCGCCGUGUUUGACUUUCAGGGGCUUCGGCUGACAAAUAUAUAUAUAACGCUCAAGUUUCCAAACUCACUGAACAGUCAGCUUAAAAAACAAACAAAACAAAA